CACGCGCCCGCGGCAUGUCCGAAAUAUUAUUUUAUAAGUGGCCGGAAAAUGUUCUCGGAAUGGGGUGAUAGUUGGCAUGCGGUCUUAUUAUAGUGUGGAUAGACCGCCUGCCAAAUUUCGUCGCAUUCGGAGUUCGUUUGGCAGCCCAACCGACGUCCGUAGCCGGUCUAUCGUCGGACGUUUUCGGUCUCCGGAGACAGUUGUCGGGCUGCACUUCCCUUCUCUCCCCUCGGCCCUACUUCUCUUCACAGCCCACUAGCCCACCUACCAUACCCCUCCUCGCGUCCGGUGCCGUCCGAUUGAGAUCGGAGGGCUCCGAAACCCCUCAAAACCCCCAACCCUAGCCUCCCUGCCUUAUAUAAACACCCCCCAUGUCAAUUUUGGCCUCCUCCACCCUCCCACCUUGGUUCUCGCGCCCCCAAUCAUCAGCCGCCGCCGCCCUCAUCGCUUUCCGCGCCGGCCCGCUCCGCCGCCGCCACUUGGCGCUCCUCCCGCGCCUCCACCUCGCCACCGCCACGUGGCGCCACCCUAGUGGGCAGCGCCGCCGCAGUAGCCUCCCUCGCCCACUCCCCGUUCGCCACCUGUCCUCCCCGCGCCUCCCAGCCGCGCGCCCCGCCCAGGCCCGGGGCGAGCCCGCGAAGCCCAUCGGGGCCCGAGCGCUCCGCCGCCGCCUGGUCCCGAGCGUCUCCCGCUCCGAAGCCCCGCCGCCCGACCUCACCAGCGCCUCCGCCCCGCUGCCCCUCUACCUCGUCGCCUCGCCUCCGCCGGCGAGCACCGCGCCGGUGCCGUCGCCGUCCCGAACCCCGCAGGAGCCGCCGUCGCCGGAGUUUCCUCGCCGCUGCCCCGUUGCAAGUUGCGCCGGAUCCGGCCGGAACGGGUCCGGAGCGACCGGAUCUGGUCGUCCCCAACGCCCCUCGACCUUCCUGCCGUUGCGGUGCCCUCGCCGGCGUGCGUCAACGCCGCCGCCUCUGCCUUCUUGGUGCGGGCACGGGAGGAGGACGACUCCCCAGCCGGCCACGUGGGCCUCGUGGCCCAUCCCUGCAUUCGGCCCACCUCCUCCAGAUCCAGCCCAGCACCAGAUCUGGCCCAAGGCCUCUUUGGUGAGCACCCACAUGCUAUCCUGCGCCCCCUGCGCACUAUUGGUUCUCGCGCCGGCCCGUGUGGUUCAGUUUCGGCCUGUUUAGGUUUUUUUCUCAGUCCUGCGAAUUUGCUAAUUAUCCAGAGAUAACAGUUUUGCACAAAAACCCCUCCAUGUUCAUGCAUCAAUAAUUAAUUAACCGUGCAUCGGAUUAAAAUAAUUUAUAUAUGUAAAAUGCUUAGUUUUUCAUCUAGUUUCAUAAUAUGCUAUUUUCAUCCAUGUUUAAAAUAUUUAAAAUGUUGUUUGAUUAAAUUUGCUCAAAUGCCAUGCUAAAAUGCUUUAUUUCAUAACUAAAUAACCGUAGCUCCAAUUUUAAUAAACUUUAUAUGUAAAUGGGGUAGAAUUUUGCCUAGUUUAUCAUGGUGGCAUCAUCUUGCAUGUUUAACAACUCUAAAAUAUUGUUUAGGGCAGAACAGUACCAAACCUAAUUUAUGCUCAUGAGGAGUUUCCGGAAUUGUUGUUCGUUGCUUCCGGCCUCAUUUAAACUUGACUAGAUAGGUAGUUUUACCUUGCUUCUCUCCCUUGCCAUGUUAAACAACAUUUAAUAUUGUUGGGUACAUAAACGAGAUCAAACUAAAUAACGUGUCGUGGUGUUCCGUCAAUAUGCAACUCGUUGCGUAUUGAGCUCCACUUAAUUUGUAGAGUUGUUUGUUGCACUUUCCCAUACCAGGCCUCUUUAAUCCGGACAUGCAUCAUAUUUGUUUGUGCAUCGUGCCAUGAUGAUGUGUUGGUUGUUUACUAUGUUGUGUGCUUCUU